AUGCUGAGAAACUCAUCCAGAAACUUCCUGAAGAAACUUUAUAGUACGGAUGUCGGCAAGGGAGGGUUUCAGUUGUCCAAGUUGUCGAAUGGGCUGCAAGUAGGGACUUCUAAUGUUCCUGGACAUUUCAGCGCCCUUGGACUUUACAUCAACGCUGGGUCCCGUUAUGAGACUGGGAACUUGAAGGGCUGCUCUCAUUUGCUCGAUCGAUUGGCAUUCAAGUCCACUGAACACAUCGACGGCAGGACUAUGACAGAGACUUUGGAAUUGCUAGGUGGGAACUUCCAGUCGACCUCCUCCAGAGAGACGAUGAUGUACCAAGCGUCGGUGUUCAAUAAUGAAGUGGAGAAAAUGCUGAGGCUGAUGGGGGAAACUGUCAGGUUUCCUAGUAUCACGCAAGGUGAACUUGAUGAGCAGAAGUUGAGCGCACAAUACGAGAUUGACGAAAUUUGGUUGAAGCCGGAAAUGAUUCUUCCAGAAUUGCUGCACUCAACAGCGUAUUCUGGAGAGACUCUGGGCUCACCACUACUCUGCCCGAGGGAGCUCGUGCCCUCAAUAUCCAAGUAUUACUUGAACGAAUACAGAAACAAGUUCUAUACUCCGGAGAACACCGUUGCAACAUUCGUCGGUGUGCCCCAUGAGAAGGCCUUAGAACUUACUGAUCGGAUUCUGGGUGAUUGGGAAUCAUCACACCCACCGGUUACGAAAGAGGUAGCACAUUACACAGGUGGCGAAACUUGUAUCCCUCCAACACCAACUUUUGGGAAUUUACCUGAAUUAUACCAUGUGCAGAUCGGAUAUGAGGGGUUGCCCAUAAACCACCCAGAUAUUUACGCUUUGGCAACUUUGCAAACGCUUCUAGGUGGAGGGGGUUCCUUCAGUGCUGGUGGUCCCGGUAAAGGGAUGUAUUCGCGGUUGUACACACAUGUCCUAAACCAAUACUACUUUGUUGAAAAUUGUAUCUCGUUCAAUCAUUCUUAUUCAGACUCAGGGAUAUUUGGUAUUUCGAUCUCGUGCAUCCCGGAAGCUGCUUCACAGGCAGUAGAAAUCAUUGCGAUGCAAUUACACAACACUUUUGCUAACGACAGUUUGAAACUAGCUGAAGAUGAAGUGCACAGAGCUAAAAAUCAACUGAAAUCCUCGCUACUCAUGAACUUGGAGUCAAAGCUGGUAGAACUCGAGGAUAUGGGGAGACAAAUCCAGUUACAUGGUCAUAAGAUUCAAGUUAAUGAAAUGAUAGAGAAGAUUGAGAAGUUAACCCCAAUGGAUAUAAUACGUGUAGCAGAACAGGUUUUCACAGGCAAAGUUUGUAAUGCAGGAAAUGGUACAGGAAAGCCCACCAUAGUCAUGCAAGGGAAGAGAGAAGCCUUCGGAAAUCCAGAAGCUAUUUUGAAGCACUACGGGUUGGGAGCAUGA